AUGUCCAAACACGACCGCCGAAGGGUCAAUGGCCCACCUAGCUAUGUUCCUAUCUCCGAGGCAUCUACCUCGACCGCCCCAAGCUCGGCUUCUCUAGCAAGCACAUCGCAGCAACGACCCGACAACAGAUCGUACGCAGAGCUCCGGCCCAUCUUCUUGCAGACCAACUUGGUACCUUCAGCAUCUGGAAGCUCCUAUGUAGAGAUUGGCGACCUUAAGCUCGCAUGCUCCGUGUUUGGCCCCAGACAGGUCAAGGGUCGUCAGUACAGCGGCAAAGCAGAGCUCAAUGUAGAGGUCAAGUUUGCGCCGUUCUCGAGUAGACGUCGUAGACAACCUGGAAGGACAACCGAGAGCGCACAUCUCUCCAACCUACUCCAUCAAGCGCUGCUGCCAUCCCUUCGACUCGACCUCCUUCCCAAAGCAUCACUUGAUAUCCAUAUCAUGGUCCUCCAGACCGAUGGGCUGGAAGAGUCUUGCAUUGCAGCAGCCUGUAUCGCUGCCACCACCGCACUCGCCUCAGCCGGCAUCGAAAUGUACGGUCUCGUCGUUGGAAGUGUCGCACUCAUCCCAUCUUCGCCUGAAAAGUUGGCGAAGGAUAAGCGGGUAUUGCUAGACCCAAGCUCGUCAGACUUGGGGUUGGUGACAGGGAUGAAGACAGCAACGAGGGUACUCUUGUGUGGCAUGCCAGCCCUGGCAUCAGUGACUUGCUUGAAUGUCUCGGCGGGGUCGAGUCAGCUCAGUUCGAAAGCGGGUCAAGACCGAGUGGGUCAAGGAAGCGUUCCAAUAGGUGCAGGAAUCGAGGUGGAUACACUGGAUGAAGCAUUAGAAGCGAUCAAUGCAAGUCUGGUGGACAUUCACAAGGUCGUUGCACAGGCUUUGGCUGAUGACUUCGAGCGGAGGACGGCGUUGACUAGCACCCCCACGCAGUAG